UAUGACUUCCCUCCAACUCUCGCCCAACACAAGGACAUAAUAAUACUACUACUGCUGCGGAUUAGGACAUUCACAUCUGUUUUUUUAGGAAUUUCUGGGGGAAACACAGCCAAGUCCAAGUCCAAGUCCAAGUCCAUCGAAAACUAAAAAGCUUUUUUUUUUUUUUCUUUUCCGGCGAAGUUGUGAUGGAUAUGGAUGAUAGCAAUACUGCUACUAGGAAGAACAACGGUAGUAGUUGUGGAGGAGGAUCGCCGAGUUGGUGGUGGACAGACGAGAGGCACGUACGUUUCUUGAACUCGAUUGAGGCUUCCUUCGUCCGAGCCAUGUUUGACCACAACAAUAAUGCCAGCAACCGUCGUCAGUGUCACAGCCUGCGCCUUGAUCGCCCGUUACCUGACUGUUUUGACUCCACCCUAGAUGUGGGGAAGGAUAGACGACGGAGGCAUUCUAUUUCUACCUCAGAUGCUGCGGAGUACUCAUCCAGUGUAAGGACAGACAAGAAAAGUAGACGAUUAUCUUCACAUGAUCAGGUGGUCCCGCAGCUGGAAGGUGAUGAUGAUGGAAUUAAAGAUGAGAAAGAGAAAGAGGUGUAAUAACCGUAAACGACCACCGGCACCGGCUGGAGGAAUUCAGAUUUAUCCUCCUUCCGCCCCGACCCACUUUUAUCUUCUAAGACUACUAUUAAUAGUAGUAGUAGUAUUAUUUAGUGACUUUUGUGCCCCGCUCUUUUUUUUAUUUUAUUUUUUUAUUUAUAAAAAAAAUGUUUGUCAUGUAUAUAAUCAGUUCCUUCCAAGACUAGCAUGAGUAUCUUGCAGGAUGCAGAAGACCAAAAUCCUUUACUAGCGUUU